AUGGUAGCUGGAGUCGAGUUUGAGGAAGCUGCAGGAAAAUGGCGUGCGGGUGACUCCGCCAAGUCACUGCGAUUCUUUAAGCGGUCCAUUGAGGUCUACGACCAAGGGCUAAAGAAAUUUCCCAAUAGCUUGGACCUCGCCUACAAUAAGGCACGAGUACAGUUGGAGGUUGUGACACACCCCGUUUUGGUUGAUCAAAUAGAACAACCCCUACUGGAUGUGCUUCAAGUAGCGCUGGAGUCACAUCGGUAUGCGUUGAAACUUGAUCAAGAUAAUGCCGAUACUCUUUUCAACAUGUCUACGGUCCUGACAAGCAUUGCUGAGCACAUCGCCAACGAUGACGAUCUUGCCGACGCGGACGCCCUGAAAGCGCUCCAGGAGGCGCUGGAAUUGCAAAGUAGGUGCCUGGACAUUCAAGAACUGAAAUAUCAAGAAAGCGUUGAGCAAGAACGUCUUGCCAAUGAGCAAGUGAACGUAGACAACAAUUAUAGUGAAGCUGAACCUCAAUCUGAACCGAACACUUCAGCCGAGGAACUGGAAGAGGAGCAGUGGGUUACAGUUGUCCAGCCUGUCACCCAAGAAACAUUGAUCGACACCAUUUCUGCCCAGUUGGGUACCCUGACGACUUUUUGCGAUAUCGUCAGCAACUGUCCAGGGUCUGUCCCACCGGAGACGUUUCCGUGGGUUGAAGCUUACUCGACAAAGAUAUUACAAAAAGUGCCAACCCUCUCGCCGGACAACCAAGAGAACUUACAAGAGCUUGCCAUUGCCAAGGCCAAGUUCCUCUCUGCUGCGCUAGAAGCCGGGUUCAAGUCUGGAAAAAUUGAUGCAGCGACGUUCAAGAGAGAACGUGAUGCGGCUUACACCAUUACAGAGCUACGGAACUCUUCCGAGGCUUUGAUCGCUGACGGUCGGUCGCUAAUAUCAUUCAACUCGGCUUUGCUUGACGCUGAGCCUGAAGACCUGCAAUCCUAUUCGACAGUGCGAUGGAAUGCUCUCACAGAUAGUAUAGCGAGCCUGAACUCUGCUUCAAAGAUUGAGGGUGUCGCUAAAGAGGACGUCGCCUUGACUCACCUUCUGCGCGGCGAUUCUUCCAUGUACCUUUACGUCAUGGGAUACCCUCCAACAUCUCACAAAUCCGCCGUGGCCAAAGCCCCUCAGCUUCUUAGGAGUGCUGAGGUAUACUACCGCAAUGCGAGCACGCUUUCCCAAGACGACGAAGAGAAAAGUGUCGCUGGACUGCGGUCAGCAGUCGCACUCUACCUGCAGCAGAAGGCCCAAGGACAAGGAGAUGUCAAUUCGCUACUGAAAUCCUCCCGACACGGGCAACAAUGGUCUAUAGAACAGUUGCAGGAAAUGGUAACCGAAGGACUUUUACCUCAGGAAUUUCAAUUAGCUUGA